GCAACAUUGGGGGCGCAGCAAGAACGAAAGGACCGCCCCUCCCCUUCUAUAAAAUGUGGGGGUGGCCGACCGAGUCCUGCUGCAGCAAUCUUCGAUCGCCUCGGGAGAAGCUCUUUCGUGUGGUCGCUCCCACGGGCGGGCUCUGUUCAACACUGAAACAAAAGGGGGGAUCUCCCAGAGCCGAAGCCGGUCAUGUCUGAUCCAGCUCAGCCGCCUGCCCCAGGGGCAGGACAAGAAGAGGGUGAAAAUGCUGGAGGCCCCCCUGGACAAUCUCCAAAUUUGACCAGCAAUCGCCGCAUGCAGCAGACUCAGGCGCAGGUGGCAGAAGUGGUAGAUAUAAUACGUGUGAAUGUGGACAAAGUCUUGGAGCGAGAUCAGAAGCUAUCGGAAUUAGAUGAAAGAGCAGAUGCACUCCAAGCUGGUGCUCAAGUAUUUGAAAGCAGCGCAGCAGCGCUCAAGAGGAAGUACUGGUGGAAGAACUGUAAGAUGAUGAUCAUGCUGGGAGUGAUCUGUGCCAUUGUGGUGAUCGCAAUUGCACUCUACUUUUUUACCUGAGAAUGUGAUCCCCUCCCCCCCUCCCUCCCCAGUCUCCAGCCUCUUUUUCCCAUCUCCCUUUCCAGUCCCAAUUCUUCCUUUCCUUUCUCCCUUCAUUCUGGCUUAGUCAUCAGUUUUCCUUUCAGUUUUCUUUGCCUUCCAUGUGAGACUUUAACACACUGUUUUCAGAUUUGAGUUGAACCCCUUCACAGCUGCUGCAGCAGCCUCUGAGCAGGCCAGCUUGUCUUGGAGGGUGGCAAUGGGCCUACAGGAGGAAAUGUGUGGGAUUAUUGAUGUUGAGUGACACACUUGAGUUUCACUGUUACAAAGCUUUGGACAUGGGCAGUGUUAACUCGCAUUGCCACAGGAAUAGGUAGUGGGAGGAGAGAGAAGGUGGAUCCCAGCAGCUUUUUCCAGGGAGCAGAUUUGGAUAUUGCAGCCCCAGAAUUGAGCAGGUGUUCCUUUAGUUGGAAGUGUAAGCUCAUAAUGCAUGCACUGACUACAGAGGUUCCAGUCCUAUGAAGACUGGCAUCCUAACCUCAUAGUCCUCAAGGUGACACUUGGCCUCAUGAAUGAAUAUAGUAGGGGAGAUUUUGGUUUGAUUCAUUCUCCUUGGCUCCAAGAAGCAGGCACAUGGUUAACAGAGCCUUCUUUUCCCAGAAUAGUCAGAACUAGAGGUGGGAUAAAAUAUGUACCUCUAGCAGAUGUAUAGCCAGCCAGAUGGGCAACUAAUAAAUUUAAUUAAUAAAUAAUAAAUAAAUAAAAUAGCUGUGUGGUUUGCCUGACCACUUUGGACUUAGAUGGAGCCUGACAUUCAAACAGUAAGUCCCAAACUGCUUGCUCCUUUAGCUGAAUAGCAAGUGCUGCAGCUUAACCGCAGCAGUGGGUCCCUCUUCGUUCUUGAGGAGUCAUAGGAGGAUUCCUUCUAAAAAGCAGGCAUGCUGUUAAGAUGUCAGGCCUGAGUUCUUGGAGGCUUCUUGGGCUGGCGGCAGCCAUGCAGUGUGUCAGUGUUUCUGAGGACUGCUUGAAUGCUGAUUCACACAAAUGCCUUUCAUCAGUUCUGUUUUUGGUCAUCACUUGAUGAUGCUGUUAGUGGUGAAGAUGUAUGUAUGAAUUCAUGCUUAUUUUGCCACCUAACAUGCUAUGGAGAUGUUGUCUUACUCCUGGUUGAAAGGAGCUCAGAGCAAUGGAUGUAAGUUUUAAAUAUGCUUCAAAGUGGCUACUGCCAUGUCUGCCAAUCAAGGCACAGGAAGCAGCACAGCUAUGAAGCAUAGUCUGAGAGAGGCAUGUUUGGAUACCCCAAUAUCUCUUGUUAUGGGUCCAAUCAGGGCUUGGCCAGAAAGUAAAUACUGUUGAAGGGAGGAAAUGGAGUCUGUGUGCUCUAGGACAGAGAUGGUCAACCAAUGGCCUGUGGGUUGAAUUUAGUCCUCAGACACAGCAAUUUUGUAUGGCCCCUAAAUGUUUAAUCUAGAUGUGCUAGGAAUACUAUUCCCAUAGCAUGCUGCGGUGCUGACAUUUUGCAUGCUCGCUGCCAUGCACCAGCAUUUCAUUUGCGGAGUCCAUCUCCUUGCAAUUCCCCACCUUUUUCCACCUUGGGGGAUGAUAGAGGAGAACAGGAACAGACCUUCCCCACCUUCUUUGGACAAACCUCUCCCAUCUCAGUGGAACUAUGCUGGUGGAAGUACAACAUCUGAAGAGGAGCCGGGGUCCGAUUUGUGAUGCUGCUGUCAAUAUGAGAGGAAGUACAGUAAGGUGUAGAGGGCCCUUUUGAUCUCUUCUGGACAAGAUCUUGGUUUGAUCUGCUGUCAACUUUAUUGAGAGAAGGCCUCCUGGCUGCUUUCUUCUGCUUUUCUUGUCUGUUCUCAUGAGUGUUGUAUGUUUAGCCUCUUCGCCUUGUACCUCUCCACUUGCUCCAUCUCUUUAUGCAUGGGCAAAAGGUUUACCCACUCCCCUAGAGGCCCUCUUGUGCCUAAAGUGAAGGACUGCUUUCUCUAUGCACAAGACUUCAGCCGCUUUCUCACUCACAUGUGGUUUCUGUCUUUGUAAGGAACGCAGCCAUAAUCUUUUCCUCUGGCAUGUGUUAAUUACCAGCUCGUGUACUCUUUAAUCUCCUCCAACAAACACUUCUCUACUACCUAAAUGAGUCUGGUUCAUCUGUCGGAGCGUUAGCAAGAACGGGUCUCUGCUUGCUGGUGGUAAGGCAGAAGAAGCCAGAACUGAAACAAUGGGUACUAAAUGUAGGGUGUAAAAAGUGUGUAAUCUCUUAUGCUGUAGAUGGUAGGUGGACAGUGUAGCAGCUGAACAGGAGCAGGAGAGAUUGCAACCAUGGUUAUGGAAUAGCUGGGUCCAUGUCCCUUAGUCCAUCAGCAGUGCUGUGCUCCUGAUUCCUUGCUCAGUAGACUACAGGUAAAACCACAUGCUGGUAGACUCUAGUCAGGAUGGGAGAAGCAUUCUUUCAUACUUUGUACUUGGUUUGGAGUACACUUGUCAAAAAGUAUCAGCCCUUCCAUCUUGAAGAGCUUUUCAAUAGCCAGCUGUGACAAAGAGGUAGAAGGCUUGGUAUUGUGAGAAAUGGCCUAGGCUAGGGCAGCCCCUGACCAGGCCCCACAAUAUCCAUAUUGUGCUUAGUUCCUACUUGUCCUAUCUUCACUUAUCUUAUUGACAUAACACACAUUCUGUUUCCUUUGCAUAAACAGCUGAAUUCACUGAAACCAUUAAUAUGAGCAGAAUGAAGUAUCAAGAUAAUCAAACACCUGACAACAUAAUCCAUUUUAGUUUGGCACAGUGAAAAUAACUGGUGUAAAACUAGCACUUUUGAUGCUACAGUUGUGAGUGUAUAAGUGUCUAUUCUUGGUAUUGCUGCUCAGAUAUUUGGCUGCUGUAUAGGGGGGAGAUACAUGGUGGAAAGAAGAGUGUUCUUUCCCCUGUAACUUGUAGUAGCAGAGCUUGGAAAAGUUACUUUUUUGAACUACAACUCCCAUCAGCCCCAGCCAGCAUGGCCACUGGAUUGGGCUGAUGGGAGUUGUAGUUCAAAAAAGUAACUUUUCCAAGCUCUAGGCCAAACUGCAUCCUCUGCAUGAGGAAAGAGGAGACCUAAGAAAAACAUUUAUGCUGUCAAGGCAGCAUCUUGGGUGCUCUGCUGUGUCACAUUACACACCCAGUUCAUGGGUACAAGUGUAACUGGAAGUAAUAAAAGAAGCUCCCUUUGUACAUCCACUUACAAAAUCUAACUUAAUUUUGUACCAUUUCUGUUCAAAGAAGGAAUUGCGUAACCAGGCAUUAAAGGAAAUGAAAAAAAGCAUUUCAGGGAUGCUGUGCCAUGUAUCAUAACGCAUGAUAUCGCUAUCUUUGUACUGUGCAGAUAAGGGCUUCUGAUGAUCUGGCUCUCCAGCUGCUAUUGGAUUACACUUCCAUCAUCCUUGACCUUUGGCCUUGAUGCCUAGGGCUGAUGGGAGUUAUAGUCCAAUGACAAUUAGAGUACCGCAAGUUCCCUAGUGCUGCCGUAGAUUAUGUAGGUCUACAGAGCAGAUAUCUAAUGUGUGUAUGUUUGAGGGUACCAAAUCCAGAGCAAUACUUCAUCCCUGUCACACAGAUGAUGUGGCCUGUGAAAAUAGGACUAUCCCUGUGUACAUGCAUUGCUCGUGUUUUUACUCAAAGGAUCAGUGGCUGAAGCCCCUCCUCAUUAUCACAUGUUGCUCGAGGCUCUUCCUUCUCUGCUUUAUGAUGUAUUCCUUUUCUCUGCAGCCUGUCCUGAUUUAAAUGCAAGGAGAGUGUUUGUUUUGCUACAGAUAACCCUGGAGAAGCAUAAUUGUCCUAUAAUAUAUUAAACAGUUCAAUAUCAUCAUCCCUACCUGCAGUGUAUGAAAUGGCAGGUUCUACCUUAGUGUGUGCACUAAAUCCAAAAUGCAUCUGUCCUCGCUCACUUAUUUAAAUGCUAAACAGUUAUAGCAGCUUAUAUUAACAAUAUUUUUU